UGGUUAUGUUGUAUACAGAAAACGGGGGUGCAAAAGCAAAAGCGCCGUUAAAGAAAUCGAGAAACAGUUGGUCGAAAUUCAGAGAGUGAUCAGUGAUCUUCUCGCAACAUUUUCUCAUCUUUCCAUAGACAUACAUGUGGUUCACAUUUUCUUAUUUCAAAAUGAAUGUAUACAUUCUUUUCUUUUCUCUAAAUUAAUUUUUUCAAAUUUCAAACUGAAAGUCUUGUUAGAUCAUAUGGCGGACGGAUGCGCGCAGUCCCAUUACGUUCAGUUGACGCGAGAUCAAGCACCGUCUGAAGAUAUCACCCCUGGAGAACUCAAUCAACCCGUUCAAGUUCCUCAGGUUUUGCUGUGCUGUGUUGUGUUGUUCUUCUUGUUGAAUGUAAUCGAUUUUGAUGCGGUUAUGAAACGAGUUCUUCUUUCUGUUUGAUCUGGUAGGAUUUAUAAAUGAAUAUGACUUGUAUGAGAAAAGGAACAAAAAGAGGGAGAUUUUCUUUUUCUAUUUUUGAAGAAUUUUUGGAUCUAUUUUCAAAUUAUUGGAGAGAUUUUAACAAAUUUUUAUACUGUAAUGCAAGAUCAUCUACUAUUAUGCAGUUGAAUGUUCAAAGAUGCUGUCAAUGUGGACAAGUCCUACCUGAAAGCUACGAGCCUCCUGCUGAUGAAGACUGGACAACUGGAAUUUUUGGAUGCGCUGAAGAUGCUGAAAGUUGCUGCACUGGACUCAUUUGCCCAUGCAUGUUGUUCGGUCAUAAUGUUGAAACAUUGAGAGAAGAAAUUCCUUGGACCAAUGCAUGUGUCUGUCAUGGUAUGUGCAUUGAAGGUGGAUUGACACUGACAGCAGCAACUGUACUCUUCCAUGGAGUCGACCCCAAGACUUCAUUCCUCAUACUUGAGGGCCUGCUUUUUGCUUGGUGGAUGUGUGGCAUCUAUACUGGCAUGUUUCGACAAGCAUUACAGAAGAAAUAUCAUCUCAAGAACUCACCAUGUGAUCCGUGCAUGGUUCAUUGCUGCUUGCAUUGGUGUGCUUUGUGUCAAGAGCACAGGGAGAUGAAAAACCAUCUGGCUGAGAAUGCAGUUAGUCAAGAGGCUGUUGUUAACCCUCCACCGGUUCAAGAGAUGAACUCUGGUGAGAACAAUCAGUCUGCCAAAUCUGCACCAUCUACAAACGAUGAACACCACAAUUUGGAGUUGCUGUUGCAGCCAGUGUAGGACUUUAUAGUCCAUAUAUAUAGAAGUCACAUGGACUGGCUGCCAGAAAAAUGAUACAUGAAAAGAUUUAACUUGUGCAGGAACUCUGGAUAGCAUAGUACCAAUCUGUUGCCAUUUUUAGUUAUCUAUUUUGAUUGCAUUCUCUGCAGGGAAAAAAGUGAAAUUACAAAAUAGUUUGUUUUCAGCACAUUGACCGAAAGGAAUCGUAUGUGACUGGCUCUGGUAUAUCUAACAACUGUUCUGACUUUUUCAGUAAAGCAUUCUUCAGUAACACUUGUAU